AUGCUCUCCUCGCUGCUCUCGCUCGCCGCUCUGGCAGCUGUUCCCGCUCUUGCGGCUCCCACUGCCGCCGCUGCUGGCAACUGUUUCCCUCUCGGCAACGCCACUCUGCCUGGUAACUUUGUUGCUCCCAGCACUCCCCUCGACCAGUGGUGGUGCCCUCAGUCGGACUACUAUGGCUUCAUGGGUUUCUCCUACCCUCUGGAAGAUGGCAACUGCGCCGACUCAUCCAACGGCUAUGCCCAGAUGAACAAGGACUUUGCCCAGAUGAAGAAGGAUUUCGGUGCCAGCAUUGUGCGCAUGUACUACCCUGUGUGCACUCAGUCUAGCGUCUUCAUCAACGCUAUCAAGGCCGCUUAUAACAACAACAUGGGCCUGAUUGUCCAGGUCUGGACCAACUUUGGUGGUGGCACCGUUUGGCAGCAGUCCCAACAGGCCAUCUACAAUGCCAUCAACGACCCCUCGGUUUCGGCCAUUGCCCCCUACGUCGUUCACUGGGCUGAGUUCGGCUCUGAGCCUGUUGGUGAUGGUAUGGACCAGGGCAACUUCGUCAACGACCUUGGCAAGUUCCGCGCAACCCUUAACAAGAAGGGAAUUUUGGUCGGCAUCAGCGAGGAUUGGGACCGGCCCGGUACCAUGAGCGGCAGCGGCGGUAAGGGCCUCGGCUCCAUCGGUGCCGGUGUCAAGGCCAACUCCGAUGUUGCUCACAUCCACCCCAUGCCCUUCUACCACUUCAACCAGGCCGAGUCCCAGGCCUGGAGCUACAUCCAGUCUCAGAUCAGCUGGGUCAAGACCAACGUUGGCCUGCCUACUUUCAUCACUGAGACUCAGUGGGCUUGGGGACCUACCUCCCACUACCCCGGACACACUGAUCUCGGCCGCACUCAGUACACCAACUACUGGAAGACCUUUGACAACAACUGCGCUUACUUCAAGGCUCAGAACGUUGGCUGGUUCCUCCACGCAUGGAGGGGCGAGGACACCUUCGACAUUAACGACCCCAACGGUGGCUACAUUAUCCCCAACUGGAAGCCCCAGAAGUGCUAA